AUGCCAAAAGUUGUAUCACGAAGUAUUGUUUGCUCAGACACAAAAGAUCAAGAAGAAUAUAACGAAACAAAACCAUUACACAUUUAUUACUGUCUUUGUGGUCAAAUGUCUCUUAUUUUGGACUGUACAAUAGAUCGAUUACCUUUGCGACCAACAGACGAAGCCAGAGUUAUAGACGGAUCGAAGCACGCUCAUAAAAUAACAGCAGAUCCAGAUGAAACAAUUUACCUCAAGAGAGAAAAGGGUAUAGAGAGGCAAUAUAGAUUAAAGUGCAAAAAGUGUGCAAUACCAAUUUAUUACAAACAUAAACAAGACAGUAAUAUUGUAUUUAUCAUGAAUGAAGCACUUGUACAGUCAGCUGGUGAAGGUACUAUGACUGAUAUUUAUAAACAAGUGGCACUCGCACAGCCUAAAAAGAUUAUGGUAACAAAGCACACAAAGAAUAUGGGUAAAUUCAGCUCUGUUACUGUCUCUACAAUAGAUGAAGAAGAGGAUGAGAUAGAAGCAAGAGAAGUGGCGGACAGCUAUGCAAAUAAUGCUCGAAUUAUUGAAAAACAGCUAGAAAGGAAAGGAAUGAAUAAGAGACAAGCUGAGACCCCGGCAAAUAACAGCACUGAUAAAAGACCUAGAGGGACUCUCAUUGAUAAAUAA